AAAUGGUUUUAUUCUGCCAAACAAGUCCCUAAUCAUUCCUCAACUUGCCGGUGCUUUUGUUUACAGAGAGAAGUACAUUAACAGCAUACACUCUCCACACACACGAGAUGUGAAAGUAUCUCAUUUCUCUCACUCAAACUCGUUGUUUCUUUGCUUUCCGCCUCUUCCACGCCUCUCCACAUCCAUGGAUUCCAUUAUUUUCGCAGAAUUUCGAUCUGUUUUUUCACUUUCUGGAGCAAAUCCGGCCGUUCACGGCCGCAGUUUACCCUGCGUCAUUACGUGCUACGGUCGCUCUCCCCUCUCCAGUCCGGCGGUUACCGGCUGCUUCACUUCCUCCAGCAAACGUCGGCGGCUUCAAUUUCCUGAAUGUCGACGGCCGAUUCCUCUUCCUCUCGCCACCCCCGGCACGUCCAAUUCGGCUCCCGCAAGAGAGCGAACCUACAAUGUAGGUGAGUUUAUGACGAGAAAAGAGCAUUUGCAUGUUGUAAGGCCCACGACUACUGUCGAUGAAGCUUUGGACACCCUUGUGGAGAAAAGAGUUACUGGAUUUCCUGUGGUUAAUGAUGACUGGAAGUUGGUUGGUGUGGUUUCUGACUAUGAUUUGUUGGCACUUGACUCCAUCUCAGGUGGUGGUGAACAAGAUACAAAUUUGUUUCCGGUUGCUGAUAGCACUUGGAAAACAUUUAAUGAAGUUCAGAAGUUAAUCAGCAAAACUAACGGGAAGGUUGUUGGUGAUGUAAUGACUCCUGCUCCCCUAGUUGUGCGUGAAAACACCAAUCUUGAGGAUGCCGCAAGGUUAUUGCUUAAAACAAAGUAUCGCCGGCUACCUGUUGUAGAUAUUGAAGGAAAGCUGAUUGGUAUUAUUACUAGGGGAGAUGUUGUCAGGGCGGCUCUUCAGAUAAAGCAGGCUGCUGAGAAAAUGUGAUGAGUCUUCACCACUGGUUUCUAUAAGCAUGAGUGAAAUUAGCAGGUGCUUGAUUCUCUAGCCAUAUUAUUGGUUGAACUAUACAUUUUGGGAUGUAGCGGCUGAUUACUCGAUAAAAAGACAGCUCUCUGAUGAAACCUUGAGCAAGUUGAGUGAAAUUAACACGUGCUUGCCGUCCCCAAAACUCAGGACGCCAUUCUUGUCCGGCUUAUGUCUGUAAUUGUUGUAUUCUUGUUUGCAUGUUGUGGUGGUGAGAAUCUAGAAUUGUAGUUGAGAUUUGAGAUCAAUAGAUACACUCUCUAUAUCCUCAUGGGCGUCCUGCUACACCCUUAUAGCUGUUGUAAUAUACAUUUUACUAGGCUAAGUAUAUGGAACAACACUUGAUACAAA